UUUUUUUUAUUAUGGCUCUCUCUGCAUUACUUUCUGAAUUAUCAUUACGGUAUAAAGGUAUCUUUGAUGAAUCUUGGUACCUUGUAGCUGCGGUGGUCAUGACAACAUUGAAUCAAUCUCAAGAUAUUCCAAUUCUCUAUCAACAUGUAGAUAAUCAAGUGGAUGUGGCAUUACGAUUGAAGGAUGGCAUUUUCAAAAGUGUGCCUAUUAUUGGAUUUCCCAAAGUGAUCAAUGCUCUGACUCAACUUCAUACAUCACUUCCUUUCCAUGUACAACAACAAUUACCUAGCCAUUCACAAAGAUGUAUGAUGGGAAGGACGGAACGACGAGAAAGAGGAGAAAUAUUGUUCAACACUAUUUAUGAACGACAUGCAACACGAGUCAAAACGCAAUUGAAGGAAGCUUACCCUGAUCUUGGUCAAGUGGUGUUGGAUGAUGCUUAUGGCACGAUCUUAUCAGAUACUCAGUAUGUAAGUGCUUUGGAUACAAGUUUCAUUGUCAUUGCUGCAUUGAUGGUACAAGAUUUACCCCAACAGCUCAAGGGCCAUUAUUAUGGUGCGUUUCAUCUUGGUGCUUCCGAUCUUCAAUUGGUUCAUGUCCAAUCCAUUGUUCAAAGUCUCUCUGCUUUUUAUCAUCAUACCACUUAUUGUACUUUACCCAUCAAAAAAUAGUUUGUUUUUUUUAGUAUACAAA